CUUGUUUUUUUUUUUUUUUUUGGUAAUUCACAUGUUACUCGUCAAGCGGAUGUGAAGUCAACUAAUGUUAUAGUUAGAUCACACAGAGAGUGGCAGCGGAAACAUUUGUUUUUUUUUUUCUUUGUAAAGACUUCUCAUCAAAAUCAUCUUCAUAUAUCUUGUAUCAUACAAUAGUGUCUUCCCUAGUGCUAUUAGAGCAUGGAAUUGGAUGCCUAAACCAGCAAAGAAAACCAGUGACUUGGCAGACUUUUAAGUCAUUGGUUGACACGUGUGACUAGAUGACAAAAAUCUUUUUGUGAUUCCAGUUUUUUAUUCCAUGGGUUCAACAUUGUCUACACGUCAUAACAAAGAAACAAUUCAAACAAAGAACAGUACAGACCUUUCUUUGUCUUAUGACACCGGUGGACUUAAUGUUUGUCUAAAGGAUCAGACUGACCUAGCAGACUUAUCCAGUCUUGGAAAUGAAAAUCAAAAUGCAGAUCCUCAUCAUUUUACCAGUGACCAGUCCGAAGUAUUGUCAGAUGAUGCUGAAGGUCCACUAAUUGGUGAUCAUGAAACUCAGGAGUCAGAAGGUGGAGAAGCUGAUCUACACAAUUAUCUUGUUGGCUGUAAGAAGAAUCCAGGUCAUAGACAGUUUAUACCAGUUGAUACAUUCACCUUGAAACAUUUACCUGAAGGUCUUCAAGACCAAAAUUUGUAUGAAUACAUCAAAGUUACAGCUGACCAGACAGUUAGAGUAAAUGUUAAUGUGAUCAGUCCACACAGACCAGAGUUUUGGCCAAAGACAACUCAACCAUAUCCAUUUUAUAACAUGAGUAAGAGAAGAAACUUGAGGACAGGAAGUGGAAGAAUGUGGAGUGUAAACAAGUUUCAAGAUGGAGUCCCGCAAGAUGGACAUUAUGGAUUUAAUGCCUACACAAAGUGUUGGUGUAGAAAAUGUGAAGUUUCAGACUCACCCAGCAAUAUGUGGUGGGAGUUUGAUGUGUCCACAGCCACACAUGUGGUUUUUGAUGACAUUGAGGCCAGUCAUACGACUUUGAGAUUGUUUUAUGAUAGAGAUGAAAGUCCAAUGGUCAGUAUUAAUAAAGUCAGUGUUAAGUAUGUAAAAAUGGAGCAUGAUUUGUGUGUGUUGAACUGUGUGACAUGUGACAAAAAUGUAGGAUAUAAACUGAUGGAAAUAUUCAAACAUUAUGAAAAUAUCUGGGAGAAAGUCUGGAACAAAUACUCUGAUAGAUCUCAACACAAGUUUCUCUUUAUAGUGUCACAUCCUCAUGGAUGUUCUAAACAGGUCAGUGUUGGUCAAUGGAAGGACAAACUAAAGGUGGGUGAUAGAUUUAAGUUGACUUAUACAACUUGUACAUGUCCAGGAAGUAGUGGAGCACAUGUCAACUGUCUUGGGUAUUUUGUCUGGUCUUGGUCUAAUCUUGUCCACAGUGGAGGUUUCAAGUCUGGAUUAAAUUACAGUGGGCUUGGUUAAGUCUAGUAAGUUGUUUCCCUUGGGAGUUGUCAAGCUCCAAAAUAAAGAUGUGUCUUUGAGAACCCUUGACAUUCUGAACAUUAAACUCAAAUUUCUCUUUAGUCUUGAGAUAAAUACAUUUAUACUUUAUGAUAAAUAUUUAUACAUUUUUUUCAUUAAAAACAUUUUAUACUUAGAAAAUAAAAAAGAAAACUUAGAAAAAAAAACAAAAAAACUUGCUAAUGUCUUAGAUCGACUUUCGUUCUAGUAUGUAAAUAAAUUGUUUAUGCUGUCUUUAAAUUUACAAUGUUUUGUUUCCUUUUAUAAUUAUGCUUUUGUUGUUCGUAACUAAGGUUUACAAUAAUUAAAGCCUGUUCAAAUAGAAAAAAAAUCUACCAAGUGUAGAUUUAGAACUAGGUAUCUUCUUAUCUUAUAUGUUACAGACGUUCCUUCAAAAAAGAAGAUGAUAACGUCCUACGCGUCCUGCAAUUAGUCAUGCAUAUUAACCAAUGAUCUAAUCAUCUGGCUAGCUCAGACAACUCAUUUCAUGCUCUGAUAGCGCUAGGGAAGAAAGAACAUUUGUACAAAUUUGUCCUAGCAUAUGGAACGAAGAAUAUGUUUCUAUCUUUGUGUCUUUCUGAGUAUUAUUUUAAAUUUUGUUUUUGUAUUUGAAGAUUAUGGUUUUGUGUUUUAUGUAUAAUUGCUUUACUUUUAAGUCUUCUAUCCUUAAGGAUUUAGUCUUGCAUAUUAAUCAAUGACUUACAUUCUGCCAAGUCACUGGUUUUCAUGGCUAGCUCAGGCAACUCAUUCCAUGUUCUAAUGGCACUGGGGAAAAAGGAGCUUUUUUACAAAUUUCUCCUAGCAUAUGGGACGAGGAAUGUUCCUUUAUAUUUGUGUCUUUCAGAGUAUUUUAUUAAAUUUACUUUUUGGAUUUAAAGAAUAUGGUUCAGUGUUUUAAGUAUAAUUGCUACUUUACUUUUAAGACUUUUAUCCUGAAGGCUUUCUAGAUUUAGUAAUUUUACUAAAGGUGUUACACAAGUCAAAUAUGAAUAUUCGUUUGUUAUGAAUCUCACUGCUCUAUUUUGUGUCUGUUCCAGUUUCUUAAUGUUUUCUCGAGUUGAGGGGUCCCAAACAGAAAAUGCUUAUUCUAUUAUUGACCUAACCAAGGUUAAAUAACAUUUUAGUGUUAUGUUCUUAUUUGAUUUAUAGAAAUUUCUUUUAAUAAACCCUAAUGCUUUGUUUGAUUUUUUUGUAGUUUCGUCAAUAUGUGGAUUCCAUGACAGUUUUCUCAUUUAUUAUAACACCUAGGUAUUUUGCAUUUUUAGUCUGUGUUACUGGUUUACCAUAAAUAAGAUAAGAGGAAUUGAUUUGUAUUAGUUUUUUUUGUUACUCUUAAUAACUGACAUUUUUCUGGGUGGAAAGACAUGCUCCAAUUUGAUUCCCAUUUCUGUAAUUCAUCUAAUUCUCUUUGUAAAAUAUCUGUGUCUUGUGUUGUUUUUAUUGUUCUAUAUAUUAUGCAAUCGUCUGCAAAUAAUCUGACUUUUGUUCCCGAAGUAAUGCAAUUUGGUAAAUCAUUUAUAAGACUGUUCCUUGAGGUACACAUGAGUUUACUGUUAUCGGUGUUAAUUUAGAGACAUUUAUUAUUAUAGUUUGUUCUCUCCCUAUCAGAAAAUCCACUGAUCCAGUGGACCAUUAAUGUCGAAAUAUUUUAAUUUUUUAAGCAAACUAUGGUGGUGAACUUUGUCAAAAGCCUUGGAAAAAUCUAGUAAGAUAGCAUCUAUUUGUUCACUAUUAUCUAAAGCUUUUGAAAAAUCAUCAAUUAGUCCUAUUAGUAGUGUUUCACAUGAUCUAUAUUUCUUAAAGCCAUGUUGGUAUGGGGUGAGGACAUUAUGUUUGUCUAAGUGGUUUAUGAUGUUGCUACAUAUUAUGUGUUCUAGGAUUUUACAUGUGAUGCUGGUAAGUGAUACUGGUCUGUAGUUUCCUGGGUCAGAUUUCUAUUUUUUUUUAAAUAGGUGGGUGACAUUAGCUUCUUUCCAGUCCUUUGGUACUCUGCCCUGGUAAAGAGACGCCUGAAAAAAUAUUUUGAACACUGGGGCUAGUUCAUUGCUUAGUUCUUUGAGUAAUCUAGCUGGAAUACCAUCAGGUCCAGACGCUUUAUUUGGUUUGGUGUUGGCUAAUAGUUUUGGAUUUCAUUUUCUUGUACUACUAUAUCUCCUAUGUUGUCUACUUGGCUCAAAUUGAGUAAUAAGUCCAUGUCUCCUGGGGCUGAGAAUGCUGAUGCAAAGUAUUUGUUUAGGAUGUUUACUUUAGUUUCAUUAUCAUUAUGUAUUAUGUUAUGUUCAUCUUUUAAUGGCGCUAUGCCUGUUGUUUCAAUUUUCUUAGACUUAAUGUAUGACCAUAGGUUUUUGUUGUUAUCUUUAGAUAUUACAUUGUUUAUGUAUUCACCCUGCAGCUGUCUGCUUACUUUUUGAGUUAGGUGUUUAAUUUUAUGUACUUUUUAGGAACUCUUUCUGCUUUAGUUUCUUUAAAUUUUCUAUAUAGGCUUUCCUUCUGUUUGCAAAGCUUCUUUAGUCCAUAAUUAAACCAGCAUUUAUUUAUUUUAUUUAGUGUGUAUCUAGUUAGUUUAUAAUUUUCUAUAAUGCUUUUAGGAUGUUUUUUAAUGAAAUUCCAGUGGUCAUCGACUGGUUGGUUAAUGUCUUUUUCUAAUAAGAUGUUUUGUUGAAAGUUUAAUGCAGCUUGGUGUAGUUGUGUUAGGUUACAUUUAUUCCAGAGUAAGAUUUUUCUUUUGGGUUUUUUGUCGGCUACUGCUUUUAUCUGACUGUGUAUUUUUAUGAUCUCAUGGUCUGAUAGACCAGGGAUAAUAUCAUAAUCAACUACUAAUCCAGGUCUGUUGGUUAAGAAGAGAUCUAAUAUGUUGUUUAGUCUAGUUGGUUUUUUAAUUAUUUGAUCUAAAGUUUGGUUGUGUAGAGUUUCUAUGAAAAGCUCAUUUAUUUCCUUGAGGUUUUGGUGUUUAUCUAUGGUUAGUGUUUUCCAAUUUAUAUUAGACAAGUUGAAAUCACCCAUAUUCCAAAAAAAAAUGAAUCGAAAGUUAAAAAAAAAAAAUUAUAGUUUUUUGUUUGAUAUUAAAUAUAAUAAUUCUUUUUA